GCCCAGCCACAUCUCGGUUUGCAAGAUUGCACUUCUUGUCCCAAUGCUACUACUGCUGGAUUUCAGGGCAGGAUCGUCUCAACGGCAAGGUCUGAAGAUCACAGCUUGGUCCCGUCUCUGGGUCUGAGAUCAGCCCUUAGUCCCAUAGUCCCAUCUCAAUUCAGUUCCAACAUCCGGUGGCUGGUCCAAUGGGAUCGGUUUCCAUUUCCGGUGUGGUCCUUCCUUCAGCCUUAGCACCCGCCGCCUCGUUUACAGCUAAUCUGCCGACUGGAUCCCCUUCACCUGUCAGCCAUUCUUCUUCCGCGAAACUGUUUGGCAGCGUUGUCGCCCGUGCUUCACCCUCCUUGUCAUGUUCCUGUGGUGCUGGCUGUUCGUUUGAAUCUCUGUGGAACCGCCUUGUCGGUGGUGGUGCCUUUGCGGUCCCGCAAUUUGGGCACCGAUUAAAGCAGUGUGUACGGGAUGGAUACUCUGCCGGAAGUAGAGGGGCUGUCCUCCACUUUUUGGGAGUAAAACCGGUGCUGCAACACAGAGGAGGCAUUCUUUGCAGAGGCAGGAGGUCUGCCCUGUCUUCCAAUGGUCGGAUAUAUUAUCGUGAAGUCGUGGCGUAUUCAAAGUAUGAAAGGGAAGAUUUAAAUACACUAUCAACGGAGCUACAGCCGGCACCAGAAAUCUCAUCGCGAAUGAUAUCGGAAAGGGGGGCAACGACUAGCGGCGGUGGUGGCGACGACCCUUCGCAAGAUGGGAAAGGGCCCCGGCCUCCGUAUGAGUUGAUUGGAUUCCUUGCGAGUGUAGGGAUUGUCGAGACCGGUUACUUGACAUGGAUGAAGCUCACAGGGGACCAAGUAGCAUGCCUGUUGGGGCCCACAGAUUGCAGUGCUGUGCUGGACAGUGCUUAUGGCACACUCUUUGGUGUCCCUUUGCCAGUCUAUGGCCUGGGUGCUUAUUCCACUGUAGCCAUUCUCAGUAUUUUGGGUUCGAUAAAUAGGAACAGAACCCGCAGGAAGGACUUGUCUAGGAGGGAGACUCAGAUUAUUAGUCCACAUGACGGGGAAGAAGCGGGAUCAGCCCUUGACUAUUCACGUUGGUUGCUUCUUGGCACGACGUCCAUGAUGGCAGUGGCCAGUGGCUACUUCAUGUAUGUGCUUGCUACAAGGCUCACAGGAUCCACUUGUGUUUACUGUAUUGGAUCCGCGGUGCUUUCUGCAUCGCUCUUCUUUACAACUUUGCGAGGAUUUUCUCUCAAAGAGCUAAAGAGAGCUGCCGCUCCAGAGAUCGCAUUAUCGUUGGUCGUUCUCAUUGGCCUGUCGGUUGCAUUCGGAGAUGUAGGGUCGGCGAUUGCAGGCUCAUCGUCAGCGGAGAUUGACCUUCCGCCGCUGGAGCCAGAGGUAACGGCUGUCUCAUCGCCCAUGGAAAUCGCACUUGCAAAAUACUUGAAGUCCAUAGGUGCGAAGAUGUAUGGCGCUUUCUGGUGCUCACACUGCUACGAACAGAAACAGGCAUUUGGCAGAGAGGCAAUGAAGUACAUUGACUAUGUGGAGUGCUAUCCUGAUGGCUACAGAAAGGGAGUGAGCGUAGACAAAGCCUGCGAAGAUGCAGGCAUUGAGGGAUUUCCAUCCUGGCUCGUAAAUGGUCAGAUAUUGUCAGGCCAACAGGAACUUGAUGACCUCGCCCGGUUAUCAGGCUUUGAUUCUACUAAAGUUGCUGCAAAGUAGGCUACAAUGACAAAAGACAGUCUCAUGCGUGUGUGCCUGCCGGUUUGCUUUGUGUUUGUGUGCAUGUGUGUGUGUGCUGUCUCUUAUACACAUCUAGAUGUGUAUAAGAGACAGUCCUUGCACAGGGGCCAUGCUAAUCUUCUCUCUGUGAAUCGUUCCAAUCUUAUUGGAUAUCCCGAAGAACGAUACAGAGACGAUUAGCAUGGCCACCGAGUGGUUUUUCCACAACUGAGCUGCUCUGGAGAGAGAGGUGGUGGGUUCGUGGUCCUCUUAGGUCUGCUGGUAAAACUUGAUAGGAUGGACUCAUUUGAUUCUGCCGCUUGGAUAACCCGAUGGGGGCUCUGCAGUCUACCAUUGGCAUGGGUGCCGGAUGGGACUGAUUAACCAAAAAAAGUCAUAGGGCGUCGCUCAACUACGCAACAUUUUACACGGAUCGGGACUGUUUGUGGACCAAAUGCACUCGGAAUGAAAAUGUAUCGCGACC